AAGCACUACGCCAAGACGCUGCGCCUCACCUCGGACCAGCUCCGAAAGCUCAAGCUCAAGAAGGGCAUGAACCAGAUCUCGUUCACGGUCCGCUCGUCGUACUCGGGCUACGCGACCUGCACCUCGCGCAUCUUCCUGUGGGACUCGGACUUCCGCGUCGUCAUUUCCGACAUUGACGGCACGAUCACCAAGUCGGACGCGCUCGGCCACGUCUUCACGAUGAUCGGCCGCGACUGGACGCACCUCGGCGUCGCCAAGCUGUACACCGACAUCGCGCGCAACGGGUACAAGCUCAUGUACCUCACGUCGCGAGCGAUCGGGCAGGCCGACACGACGCGCGAGUACCUCAAGAACAUCAAGCAGAACGGCUUCCAGCUCCCCGACGGCCCCGUCAUCAUGAGCCCCGACCGGCUCAUGACCUCGCUCCACCGCGAGGUCAUCAUGCGCAAGCCCGAGGUGUUCAAGAUGGCGUGCCUGCGCGACAUUGCCCGCCUGUUCGGCGAGCGCUCGCCCUUCUACGCCGGGUUCGGCAACCGCAUCACGGACGCCCUGUCGUACCGCAGCGUCGACAUCCCGUCGUCGCGCAUCUUCACAAUCGACUCGAACGGCGAGGUCAAGAUGGAGCUGCUCGAGCUCGCCGGGUACAAGUCGAGCUACAUCCACAUGACGGACCUCGUCGACCAGAUGUUCCCGCCCAUCAACCGCAGCGCCGCACCCGAGUACACCGACUUCAACUAUUGGCGCGCGCCCUUGCCCGCGUUCGA